AUGAAAAAUAAUGAAGAUGAAAAUAGUGUAAGGUCAUUAGGAUGUAGUGCAUUAAUGGAGUUAUUAAAUAACAAUGAGUUGUAUGAGAAUAAUGAAGAGAGUUGUGAUGUAAGUAGUAGUAAUAAAAAUUAUGUAAAAGAAAUAAAUUUAUUUGAAAUAAAUAAUAGUCUAGAAAAUGAUUCUAUUGAUAAAAAAAAAAUUUGUUAUUCUACAAGACUGUUAAAUAAAUCAUCAUAUAGUAAAUUAAGUGAAAAAAAAAUUGAUUUAAUUAAUUAUAAUUUAAGUUUUAAUAAUAAUAUAAAGACUGAUUGUUUUAAGAAUACUUAUUUUGAUACAGUUGAUAAAUAUAAUCUUUUUUUAUCAUCGAAAGGGAAAUACAAAUAUAAAAAUAAUAAUAAUAAUUAUUAUAAGGAUUAUAAAUGUUUAAUGCCAUACAAUAAUAAGAACGAAAUAAAAAGAGAUAAAAAAAAUAAAAAAAAUAGAAAAAACGUGGAUUUAAAUUUUUUUUCAUCUCAAGAAGAUAUUAACACAUAUACUUCAUUAAGAAAAAAAAAAAAAAGAAACAGCGAAAUUGUAAAAAAUUUAAGUGCACCAAAUAAAGAUGAAAAUAUUUCUGAUAUAGAAGAAAACAAAUUAAAAAAAAGAAAAAGAAAACAUAGUUAUGAGAAAAAUAUAUAUGCAAAUAAUUAUAUGUUCAAUAAUACAUAUGAGAAAAACAAUAUAAAAUUAUGUAAUUUAUCAAAUAAAAAAAGAACUAGCCAUAAUAUGUUAUGUGAUUAUAUAAAAUCACCUGAUGGGAUAAAAAAUUUUGUUAAUAAAAAUGUGAAAGACAAAAUAUUUAUAAAAAAUGAAGUAUGUGAUAAAAAUCAAAAUGUGGUUGACAUAGAAAUAUGUGACAAUGAAAAGAUAAAUAAAAAUAAUAUAAAUAAUAUAAAUAUUAUGAAUAAUAUUUCAACAAAUAAAUAUAAUAAUAUUAUAAAUGAACAGAACAAAAAGAAAUUAAAAAUAUAUGAUAAGGGGAAUGUACUUUGUCCUCAUUCGAUUGAUGAUAAUAAAAAAUGGAAUGAUAAUAUAAAUAUUGAAAAUAUUAAAUAUAUAGAAAUUGAUAUAUAUGAUAAAAAUGAUAAAUAUGAUAAAAAUGUUGAAAAUUUUGUGUUCCUUGAUUUUAUUCCUAUGACAGAAGAAUAUUUAAAAAUAAAAGAAACAAUAAAUAAUUUCAAAAAUAGAAAGCUACAAGAUAAUAAUACAUUGUGUAAAAAGGAAGAUAAUGUAUAUAUAUAUUCUAUUCCUAAGAGUAAUUUAAAAAUAAAUGCAAUCAAAAAAGAGUAUGAAAAAGAUAUGGAAAAUGAUAUAGAUAAAAAUAAAAAAACAUAUAACAAUUCUGAACAGUCAUAUAUAAAAAGAACAUAUAAGGAUUUGAAAAAAAACAUCUUAAGCAAAAACAUAAAAAUUAUUAACUAUGAUUAUGAAAAAAAUUUAUGUUACAUAUUGAUAAGAAAAAAUUCCACUUCGUAA